UACUCAAAGCCAAAAGUGUGCCAUCUACUGGAAGCAAAUACAAUGAACUACUCCUUUGUCCAUUUGACAAGGAAAACUUGGUAGGCAUUAGGACAAAUCACAUAGAUAUUCUGUUCUCCCAUUUUGAGUGCAAUUUACUCUGUUUAUAAGUAAAAUUGUGUGAAAAGGCUCGGACAGUGGCUUGUGAAUUUGUGAUCAAUGCAACCUAACCAAUGAAACUAGAAUUUGUGGUGUAAACUACAGAUAUAUGAAGGAUGAGAGAAUUAAAUUAGUGUCUUUUCUGAGUUGAACAAAACCAUGUGAAAGAGUCAAUUCAAAUACGCAACCAUCAGACAUCAGUACCCCACUUAGCCACCAUUGGAAACAGCACCAUUCACCAGAAAAACUCGUUCUUCAAAAACUCUAUAAAACUUAAGUAUCAGAUGAACCUUGAAACACCAAACUCAACUCAAGGAUAUUCAAGCAUUACUUCCUCCUCUAGUUGGUUACGUGCCAAUCAGAUCAAAACCUGACCUUUUUGACACUCUUUUCAUCUCAAGAAAAUGGGGAUUCGGUUUCUAUCUUUGGUUCCUCAUGCCAAGCAAAUUCUGAAGAUGCAGUCAGGUUUCACCAAAAACCAGUUGGAUGUUCCGAAAGGCCAUGUUGCAGUUUAUGUGGGAGAGAUCCAAAGGAAGCGGUUCGUGGUUCCAAUAUCUUACCUAAACCAUCCAUCGUUCCAGCAACUGCUCAGUCACGCAGAGGAGAAGUUUGGAUUCCAUCAUCCUCAAGGGGGACUAACAAUUCCUUGCAAAGAAGAUGCCUUCAUCGAUCUUACUUCUAGACUGCAAGUAUCUUGAAGGAUGAACAGCAAUGCUCAAGCUGCAAUUUUCUACAACCUUUUCUGGUUGUUUCUGACUCAAUUGUAUUUUGACCCAUACUAGAAUGUUGUAGAAUGGAAUGCCUUUCUUGCCUGUAAAUGAGUGGCAUUGUAAUGGCGCAUUUACCAACAGAAGUGAA